GGCGUGUAGAUCUGCGUCCGCGGGCAUGUAGUGAGUGUUUGCCGGUAAGACUGUAGCUGUGGGACAAGCCGCUCCGCCGCCAGUACCACCUGAAACGCUGCGAGGGAGAGGCUGUUGCGCCCCAGCUCAAGAUGCAGAGGUGCACUAGUUUCCUGUUUCUGUCUUUAAUCCUUUGUGCCACCCUGUCAGAAACAUUUGGACUGGUUUUCUCAGCAAAAGAAAAAAGGGGCUGGACUUUGAAUAGUGCUGGUUACCUACUUGGUCCACAUGCAGUAGAUAAUCACAGAUCUUUUAACGACAAACAUGGUUUCACUGGUAAGCGUGAAAUACAGCCUGAUGAGGAUAUUAAAGCAGGGGAUCUUGGAAGACCACUGGCUGAUGAAAACAUUGUGCGCACAGUAAUUGAAUUUUUGACUUACUUGCGUCUUAAAGAGGUGGGAGCACUUGACAAACUACCUUCACCAGAGGAAAGAAACCGGUCUUGAAGAAGCAUGCAUUUUUAUUUUAUUGUAGUGUAGAUUUAGAUUGAAUUCUAAACAAAAGAUCCAAAUGAGCUGAAGAUGAGAAGUAUUGCUUGCAUUAAUCUGAUAAAUGGUAACCAGCAUUCUGCCCCCUGUUGGGAUUUUAUUUGUUUGGAAUUUUUUUGUUUACUUUUUCUUAUUUUUUUCUCUCCUGUGAUGUUAGAGUGUAAAAUUUUGCCUUGGU